AUGCCGCUGCGCCUCGACGAGCUCCCGCUCGAGCUUCUCGUCCUCACGCUGCGCGCGCUCUCGGCACAGCAGCUCUGCUGCUGCGACGCGACGUGCAAGGCACUCCACGCCGCCGCCCGCGACGAGAGCCUGUGGCGGAGCCUGUGCGAGCAGCAGUGGCCUUCCGGCCCAAACCUGUCCUCGUGCCGCGCGUCCUUCUCCUCGGCGAACGGCUUUGCGCACCUGCGACGGCUGCCGCGCCGGGUGAUCGACGUCGUGGAGCGUAAAGACGGGCCAGGCCGCCGCGCGGGCCAGCGCGAUGUGCCAGCACAGGUCACCUCUGUGGACGCCGAUGCAACCCGGCUGGUCGCCUCCCUCAACGCCAAGGGCGGUGCGUACGGAGAGGUCGUCUGUCUCUCGCGAACAGGCGUCCGGCGGUGGAGCCUUCAGCUCGGCCGCCUGCUCAAGGACGUCCGCAUCGUCGGCGAACACGUGCUCGCCCUGCACGCCGACACGGACUGGGAGCCGAAGCUGGCGGUGGUCGGCGCGAACGGCGCGUUGCGCGGGCAGCUCUGCUCGCUGCCGGCAGCCUCGGCCGGGGCCGUCCCCGCAGGCUGGGGCAGCUACCAUGGCCUCGCCGUGCCUCCCUCGCAGCCCGACACCGCGCUCGCCUACAGUGUGAGCGGCUGCUGGUGCGCAGUCGACCUGCCGACUGGCGCGACGCUACUGCACGCCGACGCGGGCCACCUCGGCUCGCCCGACGCUGAGCACUACUCGCUCUGCGCCGACCCGCUCCACCCGCACCUCGCCACCGCCGCGUGGAGGGCCGGCGCGCGGAGCUGGCUCGGGCGGGUGGACGUGCGGUGCGGGGCCGGCCUGCAGGCGGCGUUGCUCUGCACGCGCCACUCGGGCCUGCUGCGAGUCGGCGCCGGGCGAGAGCACCGCGUGCUCACCUCGCACGCCCGCUGCAAGGAGAUCGAGCCCAGCCUGACGGUAGGCUUCUCGAGCAGCCACGACUCGGAGCAUGCGCGCUCGUCGCAGCCCCGCGUCGAGGCGUGGCGCUGCGCGGGCAACGGCCCCGACUUCGACUUCAACGACGGCGUCCUCGCCGCUGUCUCCGCCGGCGCGCCAGGCACGAGCUUCGGCGCGAAGCUGCACGUCUUUGCUGACGCCCCUCGCCGCAUCACGGCCGACGUGCCGCUCAGCGAGAUCGUGAUCGACGAUUCCUACCGGCACACGUGCCCGCGCGGCAUCCGGGUCGGCGGGGGUACGAUCAGUCUCAUCGCAGACCGGCGGAGGGCGAUCCAGUGCCUUGUCGCCGAGACUUCUGUAGAAAGUGUCAGACUGUGA